CUUAUUUGGCAAAUUGCCAUGAACUUCCGGUGUGUAAGAUAAAGACACACGCGGAUCUAUCGAGAAAAGAACGCGAAUAAUUAGAAAAAUAAGUAAAAAAGAACAAUUAAUUAAAACUUUAUAUUGUAUUGCUUUUCAAAAUGUCCAAUAACGGUGCUCCGGACUCAUGGGAGAGUCAAGCUGAAGUUGUGGGUGAAAAAGGUGCAAAAGAUUCUAAUGACUUGUCUACUAAAUUUUCCACGUUGAAUGUAAAUGCCGUGGAAUUCGUGCCUUCUUUUUGUAAGCCUUCCCAGGCUAGCGAUAGUAAUGAUUCACCGACAACGCCUCAAAAAUCUGAAAGUAGUUCCACGAGCUCUGAUGGCAGUCCGGUCUUAAAUGGAUGUGGAGAAGGAGAUAAUGGGGAAUGUGCUGCAUCAGCAUCUCCACGAGUGGAGGAGCCUCCUCCUGUACCUCCAGCUGCUGCAGCUGCUCCAGUACCAGAAGUACCACCUGAUGACAACUCUCCAACUGUUGAUAGCUGGGAGAAUGAAGAUAAUGCACUACUAACAGAAGAAAUCGUUGAAGCAGAAGAAGAGGAAAUAGAAGCACAGGUGGAAGCCCCUGAGGAUGGAGAAUUGGCAAAGAAAGUUCCUAAGAAGAAGCCGCCACGAGUGGAAGACACGCGUAGCAAAAAAGAACACGUGAAUGUCGUAUUCAUUGGACAUGUAGAUGCUGGUAAAUCUACAAUUGGAGGACAAAUUAUGUCACUGACUGGCAUGGUAGACAAAAGAACACUGGAGAAAUAUGAACGUGAGGCGAGAGAAAAAUCAAGAGAAUCAUGGUACUUGUCUUGGGCAUUGGACACUAACCAAGAAGAACGUGACAAGGGAAAGACUGUAGAAGUAGGAAGAGCAUACUUUGAGACUGACAGAAAGCAUUUCACAAUCCUUGAUGCACCGGGACACAAAAGUUUUGUGCCCAACAUGAUUGGUGGUGCAGCACAGGCCGAUCUUGCUGUUUUGGUAAUUUCUGCCAGAAAAGGUGAAUUCGAAACAGGUUUCGACAGGGGGGGACAGACUAGGGAGCAUGCUAUGUUAGCAAAGACUGCUGGUGUUAAACACUUGGUGGCGCUCGUGAAUAAGAUGGAUGAUCCCACUGUAAACUGGGAAGAAAAGAGAUACAAUGAAUGUCGAGACAAAAUCCUGCCAUACUUGAAAAAGCUUGGAUUUAAUCCAGCAAAAGACUUAUCCUUCUUGCCUGUGUCAGGUCAGACAGGGCAGGGAUUAUUGGAAAGGGUGACUGAAGAAGUUUGUCCGUGGUACCGUGGACCUUCAUUCAUCCAGCUUAUUGAUGAACUUCCAUCUCUGAAUCGUAAGAUGGAUGGUCCAUUCAUUAUGCCUGUAGUUGACAAAUAUAAGGAUAUGGGUACAGUGCUCAUGGGAAAAGUUGAAGCGGGCGUCACACGGAAGGGUGCCACGCUUUUCUUAAUGCCUAACAGGGUUCAAGUAACUGUUGAUCAGUUAUGGUCGGAUGACAUUGAAGUGACUUCUAUCGGUCCUGGCGAAAAUGUGAAGGUGAAACUCAAGGGCAUUGAGGAAGAGGAUGUGUCGCCCGGUUUUGUUUUGUGUGAUACCGCUGAACCAAUUACCACGGGAAGAGUAUUUGAUGCUCAAGUCGUAAUAUUGGAGCAUAAGUCCAUUAUCUGUGCAGGAUACUCAGCAGUGAUGCACAUACAUUGUGCUGCAGAAGAAGUUACUGUUAAGGCGCUAAUUUGCCUAGUGGACAAGAAGACGGGAGAAAAGUCGAAAACGCGACCGCGUUUUGUUAAACAGGACCAAGUUGCCAUUAUGAGGAUAGAGUGUGCGGGAAUCAUUUGCCUAGAACCAUUCAAGAAAUUCGCUCAGAUGGGAAGAUUCACUUUAAGAGAUGAAAAUAAAACUAUUGCAAUUGGAAAAGUCCUCAAGGUGGUUGAAUAAAUUUGGCACUAUGUUUGUAAUUUAGCUAGGUUUAGGCUUUCAUUAUCGUAUAUCAGAGAAUGCAUCUAUAACAUUAUGUAAUCCUGAUCUUUGGGAUCCAUGUGAGAGCUGGAGUGUCACGUGUAACAUCGGAACUUUCGGAAUUAGAGAAAACCUAGCUUCAGAGGGAAAUAACGCAUUGAAUACGGCCACUGCCAUAGCGCAUCUCUUUAUUUACGCAAUUGCAAUAUGGUGUAUUCCUUAUAAACUGUUUCAUAAAAAAUUCAGCGCAACUCUGCUUUUUACGUUAGCAACAUUAAAUACUGUUCCUGUGCAGGACAUUGAUGUUAGAAUAAUUGUAAUUAGAUAUUGGAUCAAUGUGUGUGUCAUAGAUAAAUAAUAUAUGGUACACUUGAUUAAUUAAUUAUUACCAGUUUACUUCUUGUUUUAUAGAUUGUUAAAAAGCUGAUAUUGAACGAAUGUGAUAAGUAAUGAUAACGACAUCGAGUAAAAAUGGUUUAAAUAUAUUUAUAUAUUUAUGAUAUUGAGAACAGGAGUUAAAGGUUGCUACGUGAAAAAUAUAAACCUUUUUCAUAAGUGAAAUAUAGGAUGUGUUUGAUGGAUAAAUGUUAAGGUGGAUAAUUUGAUGUAAAGAUUACUAUUAAGGAACAGAGUAUGAUACUCCAAAAUUAGUCAAACUGCUAUGUAUAAAUAUUUUAAUGUUUUACUAGCAUUUACACAUUGAACACGCUAACUUGCUUACCGAUUACACCAAUAAAAUAUAUAAUACGAAUUGUUGAAAUCUAUUGUCUAUUGCAUAUAAGUGUGGUGUUCCGUUUACUUCACGGCGGGCUCGCCGCAGAUAGCACGUGCAGAAUUCCGUGGUCCAAUUUGUUUGUUUCCCCGUUUGUGACUACACCGAGCUGGGAUGCACGUCUGUCUGCGACGAUCCAAUACGUGAUCGCGUUCUAAGUGCUCUUAUUUCAUGUGUACCAGCAUAGGAUACAACAAUUGAAUGUUAAUAUUUUUAUACGUCAGUAAAACUACAAGCGAUAUGAAAGCCGAUGUGGGUUUGUAAAGAAGGGUUGUGUAUAUAUUAUACCGACGACAUUAUCUUUUAAACUAUGGUAGUUCUAAUUCAUUGUUUUCUACGACAUGAAAUGAUAAGAGCACGGAGAAUAUCUCUCGACAUAUUGAUGUGGUUCUGGGGUGGAUGAUGCUCUCGUCUGUUAGGAUGAUCAACGGCUUAUUAGUGUAAUAAAGCAGUUUUAAAUAUUAUUACAUAUUGUUUGCUUUACACGAAAUUUCUGCAUGUUGAUAAUAAAAACAUCAUCUCGUUUGGCAGAAUAUAUUUAGCAAAAAUGUUUUAUUUUAUUUUGAUUACCCUUGUUGUUUAAUCUAUAUUAUAUAGAUUUAUAUGUAUCUCUUGCUCAGACCUAUAUUUUCACUUAACAUUAUAAACAUAAUAUAAUCUAUUACUAUUUAAUGUAUUUGUCCAUAUAAUUUGCUAUACUGCAUACAUAUAAAUAAAUGUUAUCAUUUAUUUCUUAAAUAUUAUGUCUGAUAGCGUAAUAUUUGCAUAGAUCGAAACAUGUAUCGAUCUGUAUGUUUAUGAUGUAGAUUAUACUACUUGCAAUAUUUUUAUAAAAAUUAUGAUAAUAGCUAAUAAUAAUUUAUUACUUUUGUGACCAACAGUGGGUACAUUUUAUUUUAAUUUAUUUCAUGCUUUUCGAUUUAAUUUCCAUGAAAUGAAGUAAUAAACAAUGGUUUAUGUUGAUCUUUACUUUCGUCCUGGAGUACUGUCCAAUCUAUUAAUAUUGACAUUAAUUUGAUUUUAAUAGUUCGCGCUCGGUAAACCCACAUUAAUUUUUUACUCAUACAUGUAGAAAGUGCUAAUAUAGGAAGACAGAGUACUUACAGAUGAUUCGGUAACUGUGGUUGAGAGUCGCUUAUAACGCCGCUUCAACCUUCCAAUUAUUGUUAUAAAUUUAUAUCUAUAUUUUUCUUUUUUUAUGUUCAUCUUUUUUUUAACAUAAUCAGUUUAUAUUUAGGUCGAUGGAUAUUUUUUUUUAUCAUUGAUGUUAUAUAUGUGUAUCAUUGUAACAUCUAGGCGUACGUUUGCACCUCUUUUGAGUCGUAACUGUUUGCGUGGAACUGAUAAAAUGCAGAUUAAUCAUUAAUAUUUAUGUUGAGGUGCUGCGUCCACUGCACGGCUCGUCGUGAGCGUUUGCAUACUUUCAUUUCUAUUUUGUUUUAAUUUAAUAAAAUUUAUUUAAACUGCUGUAUAUUUAGUUGUUUUUAUUUACCGCCUUAUAAAUAGCGUAUAUGCUUGGUGUGUCACUUGCUUUUUUGUCAAAUUUGUAUAGUAUGUAUAAAAUCUAAUAAUGUAUUAUAAUAACUUGAAAAAAAACAUUACUUACUAAACCUAUGUUAUUGUCUUCCCGACAUGUAAAUUAGUCAUUAUAUGACUCGUUUCAACAAUGGUUCUCGACAUAUUUAGCUUGUCGACGGAAUUGUAAGCAAUGUUAAUAUUAAAAUUCAUUAUAAAACGGC